AUGGAUCCCCAGAGGGAGACACCCAAGAAAAAUAACAUAGGGCAUCUAAUUGCUGACAGGUGGGAAGGAAUUGGUGUCUGUGGCUGAUUCCUGUUUUCCAUUUCCUUUCUUCUGGUGCUUAUUACCUUUCCUAUUUCCGUCUGGACAUGUAUCAAGGUUAUCAGAGAAUAUGAACGUGCUGUUUUAUUUCGUCUGGGACGUAUACUGUCUAAGAAAGCAAAGGGACCAGGUUUGAUCCUCAUACUUCCCUGUACAGAUACAUUUAUCAAGGUUGAUCUUAGAACUGUUACCUGUAAGAUUCCUCCACAAGAGAUUCUCACAAAAGAUGCCGUUACUACCCAAGUUGAUGGGGUGGUAUACUACAGGAUCCACAGUGCUCUUGGCACCAUUGCUAACAUCAUGGAUGUCCAUUCGGCAACCUUCCUCUUGGCACAGACCACCCUGAGAAAUGUCCUGGGGACACAGAGCUUGGCUCAACUCCUGGCAGGUCGCGAGAAGAUUGCACACAGCAUCCAGGCUAUCCUCAACAGUGCCAUGGAGCAGUGGGGAAUCAGAGUGGGCCGAGUGGAGAUCAAGGAUGUCAGGAUUCCUGUGGACAUGCAGAGGGCAAUGGCAGCUGAAGCAGAGGCUGCUCGAGAAGCAAGAGCUAAGAUUGUGGCAGAGGGAGAAACGAAUGCUUCUAAAGCCCUCAAGCAGGCCUCCAUGGUGCUAGCUGAGUCUCCAGCAGGUCUUCAGCUACGCUACCUGCAAACAUUAACAACUUUGGCAGCUGAGGAUAAUUCCACCAUUGUCUUCCCUCUCCCCAUAAAUAUUCUUGAAAGUUUUGGGCAGAAAAAUAGAGGAGGAUAG